UGAGGAGGCUCUGAACGACGAGGUGUGUGUAAUGAGCUGCAAGUGUUGAAACUUGUGUUCGGGCGGAAUAUAGCGCUUGUUUUAACAAUAUUUGUGUCGGGACAUGUGGUGAUAUAACAACACAACUAUGACGUCCAACGAACAAGUCAUAAAAACAGUCGCCAAGAAGCUAAAAUACUAUUUUGAUGUUAAGCGACUGGAAGAUGGCUUUGACCUCUCGGGCUCCCAGAACCCAGUGUUGGACCAUCCGCCGAUGAAAGCUCGUUCCAUACUCCAACAAUAUGGUGGCUCGCACGACCGCCCACUCAAGCACUAUUUUAGUUCCAAUGAUGUUCGUGUUAAUCUCACUCAGAUGAGAAGAAGGCCGUCCUCGUCGGGCCCCCAUGAGAGACACGUGAAGCAUCGCCUGAAGAAAUACAUGUCUAACUACAGCUACCAGCUGUCAGGCCCCGAUUUGCCCCCAGUCGUGGAGAAACAGAGGAGAGCUAAGUCGUCGAGAAAGUUUAAGAAAUCUCAGCAGGUAGAGCUUUUAUCAGUUUGCUUUUUGUCAUGUUUUACUGUUUUUCACUUUUUGAGUUCCUCUAGCAUUAACUUUGUACAGUUUGGUUUUAUUCAGUGCCUACCUUUUGCGGUUGUUAGAACACAUGGACCUGUUCCACUAAGUGAUCAUGGCAUUAAGAACUCCAACCUUCCAGAGUACUACUACAUCUACUCGGGCAGCUCCAAGUGCCUGCGACCGGAACCAGCAGGUGUGCCUUUCAAGUCUCCCAAGAAGAAGCCUUUAAAGGGAGGCAUGCCCGCCCUUCGUACCGUGCCUUCCAAUACUGUGUCUCGUGGUGAGGCAGAGAGGCUUGUCAAUGCAGCUACAAAGCUAUUAGUAGCCACAGAGAGUGUGGAACAGAGCAACGUACCCAAGAACAGCAGACAGACAGCGCCACGCCCUUUUGAGGGCUCCCUGCUGGAGUACUAUCUGAGCACACAGCCACAGACCUCGUAUGCGGGGUUCCCGGGUGUGCCCACUAUAGACGAGGAGGAGGCACGACUGUUGCUCCAUUCCCGCCGACAGCCCUCCAAGACCGGUAAACGGCCAGCCACAGCUAAAUAUACCUGGGACAUCCAUGGCCGCAGAGUUGCACAGGAGGAACCAAAGGCCUAUGAUGACAGUUUCCUAGGAAAAGGUUUGAGACCCCACUCCAGCCACCCAUCCAGCCGCCCCACCAGUAAACGUGUGUACCGCCACCUCCGCUCUCCCACACCUUCCGACACUGUCUCCAGUCGAUCCUCCGUCACACACACGACCUCCACCUCUGACAUUGACAGACUACCGCCAGCAUCUCGACAAAGAAGGAAGAAGUCCUCCAGACACGCCACAAUCAUCAACGUCCCAGAGGUGAAGUUGAGUGAGGGAGUCAGUGUACAGGACACAACGCAGACAGCGGGAACACAGGAUGAGAUUGGAAUUCAAACAGAGAACAGACUCAUCAAGGAUUAUGAUCAGCAGGAGGACGAGGUGAAGCAGGGUCCGUGGGGUGAGUACCAGAUCUAUGUGCGGACUGGGAACACCAUCGGUGCCAGCACCAAGGCAGACAUCAAACUGACGCUGUAUGGGCAACAGGGGCGCACCAAGGAGAUGUUGCUUGGCAUGGGAGACUCCAAGAACCACAAGGUGGCCUUCCAGAAGAACAAGGAGGACCUGUUUAUACUGGCAGCUCACCAUGUUGGCAGACUCAGAAAGAUCAAGAUUGGACAUGACAGAGUGGAACUGAGCAAUGCCUGGUUCCUGGACAGUGUCAGUGUGUAUGACAUGCAUGAUAAGCGGAUCUAUGAGUUCCCGUGCAACCAGUGGCUGUCCGAGCAUGAUGGGGACCGCCACACGUACAGAGUCCUGCCCAUGGACAGGGACCGAGCUUUCAUUGAUGCCCUAGAAUCCCCAGGCGCCUCAAACAAUAAAUCCCGAAACCAUCCAGAGACGUCGGAGGAUGAGUCAGAUCAGAUUGUGGUCAAACAUGGCAGAGAGAGUGUCAAGGCUCACAACAGCAAGGCCGGGGAUAAGUCUGACCGGUCCUACACUGGAUCGGAGGAUUCCAGUUCCGAGUUCGAGUCAGAAUCUGAUGCAGAUGAAACUGCUGUAGUUUCACCGAAGGACCAAAAAGACAAGAGAUCCAGACCUAAGACGUAUAAGGAAGAGGACAGAUCCAAGUCUGGCCCGACCUUCACCUUUCGCACAAAGAAGUCAAAGACCCCUGCAACGAGACGUCAGACAGAGGAAAAGAGUGUGGAUGAGGACACAAAUACUACAAAGGAGGAGUUUCUGGCAGGAUACAAGGCUGGCAUCAGUGCAGCAUCAGCAGAGAGUCAGAAGCAGGCAGAGGAGGAGCGGGCGCAGGAGUUGGAGCUGAUGCAAGGGGAGACAGUGCAUGACGCUGCACGCAGAGGGCACCUGGACCGACUCAAAGAGCUGCUUCAUCACUUCCCUGACUUGAAGGAUGCAAAAGAUGAGACAGGAUGGACACCUUUACUUAUCCUGACUCAUAUGAUGGACCUGAUGGAGAAGCGCUGCGCGCAGGAAAGGACCUUGCAUGAUGCGUCACCCGCUAAAGAAAAGAAUGAAGCAUUCACGUACCUAAUGAAGGACGAUGAUGUAGACACAAUCACCCUACCUCCAAUUGACCCGGUCUCGGACGUACCUGAGGACCUUGACGCAGCCUUCAGGAAGGCAACAAAGUUCCAGUCUCCAAAUAUCCCACAGUUCAACGCAAAAAGCCGCAACACUCUCAGAUGCGUCACUACAUCUGCAGUCGUCGCAGACCUUCAACACGGUGGAUAUCUGGAAUGUGUCAAGUGGCUUGUGGCUAAUCGCGCACGUAUUGAUGCAGAAGACAGCUUCAAGAGGACAGCCUUGACCAUGGCAAAUGACAGAGGGAAAACAGAGGUGGCUGAGUUCCUGAGUGCAUGUCUGAGAGAGCUAAAAAACCCUCACAGCAGCUUUGCCCAGAUGCAUGCUGCCAACCAGGGAUCUGGUGAGAGGUCGGACCGAGAUAUUGACAGCAGCUGGAGAGAUGACAAGGGCAGCAGUGUGUCCCAGGAUGCAGCAGCAGGGAGUGAUGAUGAGUCCAGCAUCGCUGUCAAGAGAGUAAGCUCCCCAGAACUUAAGGAGAAGAAGCGGCUGUACAAUGAACAGCAUCACAAAAUGGAGGAGCGAGGCCUGUCCUUCCUUGACAGUAUCCGACAGGACCUGGACUCCUAGGUCCUGCAGCCCACAGUCCGCUGCAGGCCAUUUAUUUUUGUAUCAAGGUCAAGGACAUAAACUGAUAUUUUCUAACUUGUGAAUGUUCCUGAUGAAGACAAAAUUGUGCCCUAUAGGGUAUAUUUGAUAUAACAGUAGUAAUGAAGUGUAAUAAUAUGGAAUUACUUUAGCAUCAAUGGAAGGGGAAUUAAUUAUCAUUGAAAAAGUCUGAAAUUAUUGAAACUUGUCUUCCUAUUCAAUGUGACAUGAAAAUUUAUCUUGAUCUGUGCUUUUGAAGGAGAUCUCAUGGGAAAUGCAGGCAUUGGUUUCAUAGAAAAUAUUGUUAUAUAAACGAGAGCAUUGAGUAAACAUGAAAGUGUCUAUUCCUGUAAAGCAGUUUUUGCUAUGUUGUGUUUAUAUAAGGAGUAUUUAUUUAUCAGUUUCAUGUACAUGUCAAUAUCCAAGUAUGCCUUCAUUUCAGAUGUCUCAUACAUAUUGUUCAUUGACUGUUGAUGUCCAUUUCAUCUAUUUCAUAAGAUAUCUUACAUAUUUCAAGUUCUUGUUUCCUAACGUUGAUGUUUUAACGCUGGUAGCGUCGAUGUUGUGAUGAUGGUGACCUUCAUUCAUGUGCCUACAGAUGUAACCAAAGCCUUCAAGUACAAGCUCAUUGUUACCUCGUAUAGCUAUCCACAGUUUACUUUGAUUCAUGUAAUUCCUAGCAGUAUUCUUCACCUGAAAUGUCAGAGAUGUUGUGUGGCCAUUACGUUACAACAUACAGUGAAGCCUUGUUGUCUGGAAGUCCAUCAUACUGUUCCAUGUAUGGAAUCAGUGGAUAGUGGAGUGGUGGCAAUAGGGUUGCUUAAUUACUUCCUCUUGUUCCAUCAAAUGAUCAUGUGACAAUUUUAAGUACACACUAAAAUGCAAAAUAUCUGUCAAGUGUCCCUGUUCAGUGUUGUGACAGAAGUAGACAGGUGUAAAGCUUUACUGGAUGGUUGCUGCCAGAGAAUGUUCAGCACAGCUGAGUGCAGAUGUCUCAUGAUCAGUAGCAUUUAGAGAGGGAUGGAGAGGUCUCACGGAAUAUGGAGUAUUAUGGAGGUUCAGACCACAUGGUUUCCCUGUAACACUUUCAUGGCCUCAUGGAGAAAUUGUGACCAAGGACUGACAUAUUAGAACAUGGAAACAAUUUCUGGUAUUUUAUAUUUUUAAGUACCUAAUUUUUAUUGUCAGCUUUGUCGCUUUCAUCAUUUCAUUAGCUAUACAAGAACUGAAAGAUAUUGGAGGGGGGAUAUUGUUAGUAGAAUUUUUGUUAAUAUACAAAGUAUCUGUGAUAAGUUUGAACGAACACCCUGUGUGGCUGAAAGAUGUAUUAAUCUCUUGCUUACUUCGACAUAGUCAUGCUGCCAUUUGUGUUUUGUUAGUUCAGCCAUUCAGGGAUGCGGAACGAAGAAUCAAAGCAGUUUGCUCUGUCUUCAGUUUCCAUUUUUUUCUGUCAUUAAAUAUCUAUUAUAUC